GGGGGGAGCCGGGGCGGCCUCUUGUCCGGCCACCCCCACUGUCCAGUCCCGCUCCCGGCCGCGGCGGCCGCAGCAGUAGCGGCUCCAGGAUGGUGAGCGCCGCAGCCCCCCAGUCCCGGCCUGUCGCCCCCGGCCCGCGCCCCGACCCCGGGGCCGGACGCCCCCCCCGGCCGCGCACACUCACCUAGGACCCGGCCGGGAUGCGGAGGGCCAAGUCCCGAGGCACAAGGAUCCCCAGGUGCAGACCUACAAGAAGCAGGCACCGGGAGGGUCUGAUCCAGCCUGGGACAACAGUGGGGCUGAGCUGGGCCAUAGGCACAGCCUCCUCCACUGAAGCCCAAGAGUUGAAGUCUAUCCCUAACCUGCUCCAACAGUAGCUCCAGUACUGAGAAGAGGGUGCGACAAGGAGGGCUGCCCUGAGAGCGAUGCCCAGCCCACAGGCUCAUGCUGUCGAAGAUGCACUGGACACCGGAACACGCCCAGCCCCUCAACCAGUGGCCAGAGCAGCACCUGGACGUCUCCUCCACCACCCCGUCGCCGGCCCACAAGUUGGAUCUGCCCCCUGGGGGUCGCCAGCGCUGCCACUAUGCUUGGGUACACGACGACAUCUCUGCCCUCACCGCGUCCAACCUCCUCAAGCGCUACGCAGAGAAGUACUCCGGGGUUCUGGACUCGCCCUACGAGCGCCCCGCCCUGGGCGGCUAUAGCGAUGCCGCCUUCCUCAACGGUGCCAAGGGGGACCCUGAGCCCUGGCCAGGGCCGGAGCCACCCUACCCCUUGGCCUCACUCCAUGAGGGCCUCCCAGGAACCAAGUCGGGCAGUGGCGGCGGCUCCGGGGGCCUCGGGGGCUCCCCGGUUUUAGCCGGGAACCUGCCUGAACCCCUCUACGCCGGCAAUGCGUGCGGCGGCCCGUCGGCGGCGUCCGAGUACGCGGCGGGAUAUGGCGGCGGGUACCUGGCGCCUGGUUACUGCGCGCAGACCGGCGCCGCGCUGCCCCCGCCACCUCCGGCUGCGCUACUGCAGCCCCCGCCUCCGCCGGGCUACGGCCCCUCCGGGCCCCUGUACAACUACCCUGCGGGUGGCUACGCCGCGCAACCCGGAUACGCUGCCCUCCCCCCGCCCCCUGCCCCGCCCCCGGCCUCCUACCUGACCACGGGCCUCGCGGCGCCCACGCCCCUGCCCGCCCCGCCGCGGCCGGCGCCCUCCUCCUAUAGCUUCCAGGCGGCCGCGUCGGGUGCCGAGGCCGGGGUUUCACUGAAGCGCAAGGCCGCAGACGAGGGCGCAGAAGGCCGCUACCGCAAGUACGUCUAUGAGCCCGCCAAGGUCCCGGCUGCCGACGGCGCUAACUACCCCUCAGCGGACAAUGGCGAGUGUCGGGGUAACGGGUUCCAGGCGAAGCCGCCGGGAGCCGCGGAAGAGUCGUCGGGCAAGUACGGUGGCGGCGUUCCCCUCAAGGUCCUGGGCUCCUCCGUCUACGGCCCGCAACUCGAGCCCUUUGAAAAGUUCCCGGAGCGCGCCCCGGCGCCGGCUCCCCGCGGGGGCUUCGCCGUGCCGUCGGGGGAGCCUCCCAAAGGUGUGGACCCAGGAGCCUUGGAGCUGGUGACGAGCAAGAUGGUAGACUGCGGGUCCCCGGUGCAGUGGGCAGAGGUGGCAGGCCAGGGCGCGCUCAAGGCGGCGCUGGAGGAGGAGCUGGUGUGGCCCUUGCUGAGGCCGCCCUCCUACCCAGGCAGCCCACGCCCGCCGCGGACUGUGCUGCUUUUCGGGCCACGAGGCGUUGGUAAAGCGCUGCUGGGCCGCUGCGUGGCUACGCAGCUGGGCGCCACGCUGCUGCGCCUGCGCGGAGCGACCCUGACAGCUUCUGGCGCCGCCGAGGGCGCGCACCUCCUCCAGGCCGCCUUCGCGGCUGCGCGCUGCCGCCCGCCCGCCGUUCUCCUCAUCAGCGAGCUGGAUAUGCUACUCCCGGCUCCGGACGACGGUGCCGCCGUCACCGGCUCGCUGCAGGCGCCGCUGCUGGCUUGUCUGGAUGGCGGAUGCGGCGCCGGGGCCGACGGCGUGCUGAUCGUGGGCACCACCUCGCGGCCAGCGGCUCUGGACGAGGCGACCCGCCGGCGCUUCGCUCUCCGCUACUACGUGGCGCUGCCCGACGGUCCAGCCCGCGGACAGAUUCUGCAGCGGGCGCUGGCGCAGCAAGGCUUCGCGCUCAGCGAGCGGGAACUCACAGCCCUGGUGCAGGGCACCCAGGGCUUUUCGGGGGGCGAGUUGGGGCAGCUGUGCCAGCAGGCAGCGGGCGGGGCGGGCCUCCCAGGGCUGCAGCGCCCGCUUUCAUACAAGGACUUGGAGGCAGCGCUAGCCAAGGUGGGCCCUCGAGCCUCCCCCAAGGACCUGGACCGCUACGUGGAAUGGGACAAAAUGUAUGGCUCUGGACACUGACGGAGUGCGAGGAGGCAGCGGAGGUAGUCGCCCCUCCGUCUCCGCCCCCCUGUCUGGGGGGGAUGUCUUCUACCAAACCGGGCUGGGAGGGUGCUGGAGUGAUGAAUGUGGGCUGAGGGGGAAGGGGACUGCCUGUGGAUUUUUUUUUUUUCGUGGGAAGGAAAACGCUUCUGCUAGGCAGAUAGAUGCCAUAUAUGCUGUGUACUCAGGUUUUUCCUAUUUAUUGUGGAUGGGAAGCUUGCCAUCUCCACCCCGCGGACGGGCAGACCAGGGAUGGGCUGGCACCCGGGGCCUAAGGAACUCCUGCUCUCUUGCCACAAUCUUUUUGUCUCCUCGCUAUCUGAAUGCCUCUCACCCUUCCCCCACGCUCCCCUUUCUUUGCAUUCUCAUAGUUUUCUCCCCUGCUGCUUUGUCACUGACCCCCGCCCCCCAUAUACUAGCCUUCUCUUUUGCUCCUCCCCUUAUAUCUCCAUCUAUCACCUUCUGUGCGUCUGUCUCCAUCCCUUGCUCUCCAGGCUCUCUGUGUCUCUUGGUCCCUCUCCCUGCCUUCUGUCCCUCUCAUUCAAACACUGCGGUGUCCCUUUGCAGGAGAUCUGGAGGUCUGGGGGCUGAGGAGGAGGGGAUAGGGAAGUACCUCCGAACCCGUUAUCCUUUACCCAGCUAAACCUUGGGUCUGGAGGGAGUCAAGAAAAAAAAAAAACACCCAAAGAAGGGUUUUUGUUUUUGAGGGGGAGUCCCAGAAAUGUAGCUUGUUUAAUAUUUUAGGCCUCUUAUUUUUGUAAGAUGUGUAGAAUUUGCUGUUUUUCUUUUUCUUUUGACAACUCAGGAAGAAACUGACCUCAGAAAGAAUGUUAGACUUUGGCUGCUCUCUGGUGUGUUCCCUGCCCCCCUCCCUCAUCCCCAAGGGAGCAAAUUUUCCCAGAAGACUCAGAAAGUGAAAAUUUCAGGAAAGGGGAGAGGAAGACCCAGAGCCACACUGAAAUCCUUGUUCUUCUGGGGACAGAAGCAGAAUGUAUUUCUGGGGCUUCCUCCCCAGAUCUAAGGUUGUGGGCAGGGGUGUGGGGAGUGGGUUCUGAAAGGAGGCUGCCCUGCUGCCUUCCACAUACGUUUUCUGUGAAGGGUUAUCCAGAGGGGAUGCCUUGGCCCACUUCCUACCCCUGACCCAGAAGGCAGGUUGAAAGGGCCCAAAUGGGCAGGUGACAUGGACAGAAAGUUCCCAGAUAGGUCGUCUCACGUGGCCCUUGCCUACCUAAAGGUCUUCUGUAACUUACGCUGAGAGGAUUCCUUCAGGAGGAAGACAGUCUGGCCAGUCUGGUUGGGCGCAAAACUGACUAUGGACUCAGCCUUCCCUGUCAGUUGGGGGGCUCUGAGGAGGGGUGAACAUGUGUUGCAGGACAAGUGUCUGUGCGGAAGUGUGCCUCUCCUAUUCUUUCAGGGUCCUAGGUCUGAACUGUAGGGGCUGUGAGAGGAUGAAGGAGAUGGGCAGGCUUUUUCUCUCGGGGGGUUUAUCUCAGUCCCACCCAAACUUUUACCCAAAGCCCAGGCUUUAGGGCCCUUCCUUGUGAGAAUGGUAUUCUUCUCCUUCCCACCAACUUUUCCUUGAUGGGCUUCAUCGGUUUGCCUCCCUCACCCUUCCAGGGAGCCCAUUCUGCAAACUCUGAGCUUUGGUGCAAAGCAGGCGGGGACAAGCCCUCACCCCUACCUCUUCUGUCUCCCACCUCAGCCUCCCUUCCUGUUGACUGCCCACCUUUAUAGUUCCUAGUCUCCAUUCACUUCCCACUCCCAGCUGGAAGGGUGUCUCUGGCGGACAUUUUGGGUGCCAAGGUGCUGAGGGCUGGCCUAGGAGUGCUAAUAGGAAAGCUGCUCUGUUUUUCCCCCUUCUGCCCCUUGGUCUCUUUCUGGCCCUCUUCUCCUUGGAGCCAGCUGAUUGCAGGGCUUUGGUUCCUCAGCAGCAGUGGACUGCAGGGUCCUGGCUGUGAAAGACCCUUGGAGCAGGGAAUGAAGAGGUUCUCUCAGGUGUGUGUACCAUAUAUGGGGGAUGGAAGGUGUCGGGGAAGCGGGUUGGUAUUCCAGCCUUCCGUUCAAGGGGUAGGCAGCUUUGGAGGUGGGGGGAAGAGCUCACUGACUGAGACCCAGGGCCCCCCACUGCUUCCUCUACUGGCUUUGGGGAACUUUGCACAAGGAGACAACCCCCAGUCUACUAGCACCUACCUCAUGGGCGCUGGGGUGGGUGGGGGAAGGGCAGGUCCAGCUCUGGCAAUGUUGUGGGGGGCAUACCAAAGAAACCAGGGGCAGGAUUUGGGGAGGGCAGACUCAGCAAGCUGGCCCUCUCCUUCUCUACCCAGAUUGGGAUGGGGUCCUCUUCUCCAGCUGUAACCAUUUCUACCUCAUUUUGCUGUGUGUUGUACAUGGACGUAUUUAUCUCCUGUCUGACGAUGCUCUGCAGUUGUGGUCUGUCUACCUCAGAAGAGACUGUAUUUUAAAAGAAAGUAUUACACAGUAUUAAAGCUAUGA